GCCGCUGCUAACCGGAAGUCGAAUAAUGAGGGCACACUGAGGAGCAGACUACAAGAAACGAGACUAAACAUUACUGUUAACACUCGGCGGAACUUCUACAGGAACAGAAAAAACACUCAGAAGGCCACCGGUGUAUGAAGACGAGCCAGAGGCAGCUAUGUCUUCAGCGGUGGAUUUAAAGACAAAGGAGGAGAAGGAUGCAGAGCUGGACAGACGAAUUGAAGCUCUGAGGAAAAAGAAUGAAGCUCUGGUCAAGAGAUACCAGGAAAUAGAAGAAGACAAGAAGAAGGCAGAGCAGGAGGGCAUCGCCGUGACAACCCCCCGGAAGCCCCGCCAACAUGAGCCGGAGACGGACCGGAGGAGGACGGAAAAGGAAAACUUCACCGUUACUGUUGACCUCACUAAACUCUCUGGGGACAAGAGAGUCGUGAAUGACUGGAAACCAGGAACUCCUCGUGGCAGGAAGACGUCAGAGGAGAGUGACGGUCAUGGCGGGCAGAGCGACGGCCACAGAGGGCAGAGCGACGGCCACAGAGGGCAGAGCGACGGUCACAGCAGCCCCCCGAGGCGGACGGGGUCUGGACGGAUGAGCCGGGGGGGUCAGAGAGGGGGACGCCAGGAGAGGAGGGACAGAGAACCCAGGACACCCAGAGAUGGAGAACCUGGGGAGUCAGGAGGAGGUGGAGGUGGAGGAGGAGGAGGACAGGGACGCAGAGGAGGGAGGAGAGGACGAGGAGGAGAGAGAGGAGAAGGAGGAACACCUGGUGGCAUGGACAGAAAAUCCAAGGAAUGGGAGGAGAAGAGGCGGCAGAACAUCGAGAAGAUGAACGAAGAAAUGGAGAGAAUAGCCGAGUAUGAGAGAGGACAGAGGCCCGAUGGAGACAAGCCAAUCAGAAACUUCCUGGAUGACCCAAGACGUUCAGGCCCGGCUCCUGACAUAGACCGCAAAGAGGGCAGCAGGAGACACGUACGAAACUGGGGAGGGCUGGACUUUGACAAUGUGAAGACAGGAUCUGAACUGGAGCGGGAGUGGACCAGUCGAAGGCCAGGUCCCAAAGGCUCUGUGGACAUGACCAUGUCUAUGACCGGCCGGGAGCGAGCAGAGUACCUGCGCUGGAAGAAAGAGCGAGAGCAGAUUGACGAGGAGAGACUAGCUCGCCAUCGUAACGCCACAGGCCAGUGGCGACGAGAAUGGGAUGCUCAGAAGACAGAUAACAUGUUCAAGGAGGACCCAUGUGCAGCCGCAGAGGGCAUCACAGCUGAGCAGGGCGGCAGAAGAGCCCGGGGCCGUAACUCUCGUGCAGAGCCUCGGGGCAAAGCCUCAGAGGACAGCAAGCGACCUCCCAAAGCCCCAACGUUUGGAGACUUCCUCUCCCAGGGCAGGACUCAGGGGCCCCGAGGUGAUCGAGGCAGAGGGAGGGGCCGAGGACAGAAACAGAGCUACAGCAUGCAUGAUAACCGCUGGGAGGCAGAGAAAGAAGAGGAAGACAAGGGAAAGGAGGACAAGCCCAAGAAAGAGGAGACGGCCAAAAAGAAGGAGAAAGAGGAGGAAAAAUCAAAAUCUCCCCCAACAGAGAAGGUGGAGAAGAAGAUUGAAGAUGGAGAGGAUGAUGAUGACGAAGAAGAAUGGGAGGAUGCCAGUGACGGAGAAAUCGAUGACGCAGAGAUGGAGGACGAGAGCGACUCUGAGCAGGACUCCAGAGGAGACGAGAAGAAAGACAAAGGAAAAGAGAAACCAGCCAGGAGCAAAGAUAGCAACCCCACAUCUCCCGCACAUCGAUCCAGACAGUCAUCCUCAGAAAGUCCCAAAGAGCAGCGGACCCCCCGGCCAAAGGUCCACAUCCCCCCUCCCUCAGUAGUGCAAGAGUCACCAGAGGGAGGAAAAUCCCUCUCCCCCUUUUCGCCACUCGAUAGCCACCAGCCCGUGUCGGACUGGGGGGAGGAGAUGGAGAUGCUGUCGCCCCGGAGCAGCAUGGGAGGUGAGAGCCCACUAAAACCCCCAAGCUUGGAGUCCAGCCCACCCCAGAAGAAAGACCAGGAGGAAGAGACCCAUAUACCGGCUGAGCCACAGGAAGAGGGUGCAGAAGCUCAAAAGACAGAACCAGAGUCCGUCCCUGCAGACUCCUCGGCUGCACCGCCAUCUGACCCGGCCCCCUCUGAGGUCACUGAAUCUGCUGUGGACACACCUGCUGCUCAAUCACAAGACAAACCAGCCACCCCUCCCGCUGCAGCCGUCCUCAAUGCCGACCAGAGCUCGUCUGAACCAGCUGCUCAGAAAGACGACGACCCAGCACCCACUGAGACCAACGAUGCUCCGUCAUCAGGAGAGGUGGAGUCCUCAGAGACGGCGUCAUCAGGCUGAAGCUGCUGGGAAACAAAAGACUCUUCUGAGGACAACAGAGAGAGGAGACGUACAAAGAGACACCACUCACCCCUACAGCAACCAUCACACAUCAAAACAGACAGAAAGAAACGGCAGACACGAGGAGGAGGAAGAGGAGAGACAGCAAAGCCAUCACAGACUGUGGACCGCUCUUUGUCUAUGAGCUGUUUUAACUCUGGUGGAUCAGGGCAUCUGGAUAUUUCACCCUUUUUGUCUCACUUUGUAGAGUUUCCAGAUGUGAAGGGUAACUGUGUGUUACUGGUUUUCAGUAUGGAAACAUUUCAACAUGUUUGUUCUCAGUGGAGGUUUCCAGUUUUUAACCCAUCAGAUUUAUCUGGAACAAAACAACACAUGCCGGCAACUACAGAAGAUAAUUUUAGACUUUACGCAUGAGAAAAAUCACUUUUACACCCUCAGAGCCUCAAUAAAGUCGGCAACAACCUCCGGAUUUUAGUUUUAAGUGAAAAUUUUAAGUUUAUGAACUGACCUCUUGGGGUCUCACAGAUGAAAUAAGCUUGUAUUAUAGAUGAUAACAGCAGCCUGCACUCAGCGCUGAAUCCUGUCUCCUUAAAAGCCCUUUCCCCACAGAUGACCAAAUCUAGCCAACGCCUAAGGUGGUGGUGUGUGCGAAGUUGGUUUGCAAAUCUACCAAGAAGAAAUACAAAAGUCCAACCAAGCAACAAAGAAUGUUUUAGUAUUUUAAGACAUUAACAAUGACCCUCUUCAUAUUUCUAUAUCUACCAUGCAGCUCAGAGGAUGAAAUGCGUCUAUGCUGCACAGAUUUGAUGGUUUUUGAGGAGCCUGGGGGCAUUCAGCAUUGCCUUUACAGCUCCAUUCACUGACAUGUACCCAGUUCUCAGGCGUGCUUGUGUUCAUAUCUCUCUUAUACCUUGCCUGUACCAAUGUUGGUCUUUGACCCAGAAGUGUUCAGGAUCAUCCACCCAAUGACCUGGGAAAGCCAAUGGAUUGGCCAGAUUUCAUGCCUACCAUCAUCUUUCAAAGUUCAAGCUGAAACAUUUGUCCUCUGUUAGAGAAUGACCAGACCAAUCAGUGACAUUUGAAUAGAAUGAGGCGGUAGCUUUGAGUGUGGCUAAACUGAAACAACUUGAAGCCUGUAAACCAUGGGUAUCAAACUCUAUCACAGCCAGGGCCUGAUUCACCUGAUUCUGGAUUCAGGUCUAACCUGAGGGCCUAAUAGGGUCAUCUUUUCAACCAUAAACUGUCAACCCUAUUUUACCAGUAAUAGAAUAUGAAAAAAAAACUAAGCAAAGAUGAUAAAUGAU